UCUUAGUAAACAACAACAGUUGUUUUCACCUACAAAUUUGACCCGGCAGCUGAUUGCCGAUAUGAUAAGUUAAAAAGAUUUCCAACUCGCAGCGUAUGGAAGUGCUGUUUCGUUUGUAAAUUUCCUUAAAGGCGCAAGCGUGGAGCGUAUCCUGACCGGACUAUCGUUGUCUGACGAUAUUAUUGGAGGAAUCGGCAUACGGAUUUGAAAAAGUGCAUCUCUCACAAGUGGAAAAUUGAGCUCAUCUGCAACUAAUCAUGGCAAAACGUCGGACGUGGGAGCAGAUGCGUCACGUUUUCCAGUGCGCCGUGAGAGCAGUGCAUCCGGAAAAGAUAUUCGAGGAUUAUAAAAUUCACGACCUGCGACCCUCAGCACAGAACCAGAGUGUUUAUAUCAAACUAAACGGAGAGCAACAUGACAUAACGGGCAAGACAUGUCACAUUGUGGGCUUUGGCAAAGCCGUGCUGGGCAUGGCCAACAAGGUGCAGCAGGAUCUGGGCGACUGCUCCGCUGGCGGUGUGCUAAGCGUGCCCCUCAACAGCGUGCAGCAGUACAAGCAGCCCAUCAGCCAGAAACUGAUCACAUAUGAGGGAGCGCCCAACAACUUACCCGACGAGAUGGCACUGAAUGCAGCGAAGGCCAUCAAGCAGCUGGCGGAGAGCAUGACUAGCAAGGAUAUACUCGUUGUAUUCAUUUCAGGAGGCGGCUCGGCGUUGUUGCCCCUGCCCAAGCCUCCGCUGACGCUGCUAGACAAGCGCACCAUAGCGGACAAGCUGAUGAAACACGGCGCCAGCAUUCAGGAGCUGAAUACGGUGCGCAUUGCCUGCUCGGAUAUUAAAGGCGGAGGACUGGCACGGGCGGCGCAGCAUGCGCAUCUGUUGGUCACCUUUGUUCUCAGCGACAUUGUCGGGGAUCCACUGGAGCUGAUUGCCUCCGGGCCGACCAUACAACCCAGCGGCAGGGGUGAAUCCGCCAAGGAUAUUUUGAUAAAACAUGAAGUGUGGAACACACUGUCAACGGAGCUGCAGCAGUUCUUCGAGCAGCAACCCAGUGAGCAGCAGCAGCAGCCACUCGACAAUGGCAAAGUCUUUGUGGUGGGCAGCAAUUUGGUGGCUACCACAGCAGCAGCCAAUGAAGCCACCAAGCUGGGCUACAUUCCCUGCGUACUGAGCUGCUCCAUACAGGGCGAUGUGAACAGCGUGACGGCGGACUAUCAGCGCUUGCUGCACGGCAUCCAAGAGUACAAGCAGCGCAGCAUCAAUCAAGAGCAGCUGCGCGACAGAUUCGCCUACGACGAAACGAGUUGGGAUGAAUUUCUCAAGGCGCUCGAGCAGCAUAUGACGAACAAUAAGCCACUGUUUCUUAUCUGUGGCGGCGAGCCAGUGAUCCAAGUCACGGGUCAGGGCCUGGGCGGACGCAGUCAGCACUUGGCGCUGCUCAUGUCGCAGAUGCUGCAUCGGGAUGAGCUGCUGAACGAUUGCAGCUUCCUGAGCGCCGGCACGGAUGGCAUUGAUGGGCCCACGAAUGCAGCGGGCGCCAUAGGCGACAGCUGCGUCAUCGAUGCCUACCUGGCUGGCCACACACUGGACGAGCUGGCCAACUGCCUGCGCAAUUGUGAUAGCUACAACUUCUAUAGCCAGCUGGAGAAUGGUGGCUUUCACAUGGUCCCUGGCCACACGGGCACCAAUGUCAUGGACCUGCAUUUCCUCGUCGUGCCGUAAGAGUUACGUUCGAGUUUCGCUGGAGGCUUAGCAGCUCUUGAAACCCGGCCGGAGGCAUAGUUUCAAUUUGUUUAAUAAGUGUACAGACAGUUUUUACGAUUUUCCUGUUUAAUUUUAGCUUAAAAAUUUUUACGACUCGUUUCAUUAA